GCUGAGCUCCCUCACAGCACGGCGAGGCAGAGGAGUUCGAGCAAGCCCGAAGGUGUGCACACAAGUGUGUCUGUGUGUCCAGCGACCGCUCCCAACAUGAAGGUCUUGGGGUUGCCCAUCUUGACCGUCCUCUUCUUAGGCAUCUGCCCUGCCUUUGGGGGUCGCCCCAGGGGACGGAUCCUCCGUGGCCAGGAAGCCGGCGCCCACCAGAUGCCGUACAUGGCCUCCCUGCAGGAGGAUGGGAAGCACGUCUGCGGGGGCUUCCUCAUCGCCCCGCAGUGGGUGCUCAGCGCCGCGCACUGCCUGGAGGACACGGUCAACGGGACGUUCCAGGUCCUUUUGGGGGCUCAUUCCCUCUCCAACGAUGAGCCCCAGAAGCGGCUGUACAGCGUCCGUCGCCUCAUCCCCCACCCUGGCAGUGGCCGAGACCACAACAACGACGACCUGCUGCUUCUCCAGCUGAGCGAACCAGCGGCCCUCGGGACCCAUGUGCAGACUCUCCCCCUCCAGAGGGAGGACCGAGAAGUGCCCGCUGGCACCCUGUGCCGGGUGGCCGGCUGGGGGGUCACCAGCAACACCGGGAAGCGCCCGGACAAGCUGCAGUACGUGGACCUGCCCGUCAUGAGCCGGGCCCAGUGCAACGAGCGGACCUUUCACGACGGCGACAUCACCGAGAAAAUGAUGUGCGCCGAAUCCAAGCGGAAAGAUUCGUGCAAGGGCGAUUCUGGCGGGCCCCUGAUCUGCAACGGCAUGGCCGAAGGGGUAGUGGCCACCGGCUCCCGUGUCUGCGGCAACUGGAAGAAGCCCGGGAUCUACACCCGGAUCGCACCUUAUCUCACCUGGAUCAAUGAAGUCAUGGGGCUGGCCAACUAGCCCACCGCCCACAGCAGUCGCUUCUUGAGAUACAGCGGCCCGCCCAGGGAAAGCGCUGGAUUUCAAAGGCGGGUGGUGUUUGAGGGUUGGGUGGACUACAGCUCCCAAAAUCCACCAGCCACCACAGCCAUCCUGGCAGCAGGAUUAUGGGGUUUGUAGUUCCCUACCAAAAUAAACGUUUUUUGAGCUACGGAUACCAUUUCCUAAUAAAACACAUAGCAAUUGUGUAUAUGAAUAAACAGUACACAGCAUCACAAAAAAA